AUGUUUUUCGAAAAGCCCGUUUUAAAUACGGAGAAAUGGUUCACGGCCGAUGAUUUAUUGCAGUAUGUACAAUCAAUAGUAAGGUAUUCUAGACUACAUGAGCGGCGGCAUCCAGAUAGAUCGAAUUAUAGGUGGCUCUCAUCAAAAACUGUGAGCGAUUCAUCAAUUGAUAAGGAGCUGGAUCAAUUCAAAACAUUAGUUAAAAAGUUGUCUUCAGAAAGCUGUACAGCUGUAGCUAUAAAACUUCAAUCGUAUACCGAUGAAGAUACCAGUUCAACUGCUAUUUUGACCUCCUUCGAGCAUCUUCUAGAAGAACAAUACAACAUUCAGCUAAUGGAAAACAACGUGAAACGUGUGAAAGAGACAACACUAAUUGGAAAGAGAAAGUUGAAUAGAGUACGCCCGGAGUUAUUACCGCCUGGACGACAGCCCACUGUGUCAUUUAUUAUAGACUAA